AUGGCUGGUAUUUAUAGAAAAAAAUUCAUUAAUUUUUGGUAUUUUAUUGCAAAAAAAUUGGCUGCCGUUGGAUUGGAGGAAAAAAUCAUAUCGGAGAGCCCAGAUGAUGCCACGUGGCAACAGGAAAAAAAAUCAAAAUCAGUGGGGUACUGUAGCGCUGACGUCAGCAGCCCUCGUUUUGGACCUCCGGCUGAAGCUGCCUUCGAGCCAGCCCAAGUUGGUGGGUCCCACACUUCCCCCGGGCCUGGGCUGUCCGCUGGAACAACUUCCCCCCCCCAGCCUUGGGCUAGGCUGUCCGCUGGAAUCACUCUUAGAGGCUGCCACGGGUCCUUUGUCCAGCCUAGUAAAACAGACACCUUCUUAAGCCGGAUCAGUAGGUUGCAUGGGCGGAACCAAGACAAUGGCUGCCCUUGGCUGUAG